AUUCCAUCAACGCCACCGUACAACAUUCCUUUCACUGUACCAUCGGUUUUGUCCAGGCAUCUUACCUCUGAGUACUUCGUAUACAUGCUCCGAGCGCGAGGAAACCGUCGCGACGACUCUGCCAACCUGGCGCUGUCGAGUGAGGUUGUCCGCGCCUUGGCGAACGAGCUGAAGAAUCUCAGGAAGAAAAUUGCCCGACUAGAAGACAAACAACGACACCUAGAUGCUAAAGCUCGCGACGCAGAGACCCGUAGCUUGGAUCUCGAGAAUGAGAACAAUCUCUUGAAGACACGUUCAAGAGAGCUGCAAGUGAGGAACAGCGAAACGGAAGGGGAGGUCGCUCGCCUCCAGCAGGAGCUAGACGACACACGAAAGAGCUUACAAGACGCUCGAGUGGGGGUCAACGCCGAGCAACGGAAUAUUCUGGAUGCAGUCUUACGUCCGAUAGAUGGGGGAGAGUCUGUAAGCUCGAAGUCGGACAAUGUCAAACAAGAACUCAACGAGGCUCUGACUCAGUCGAUGUCAGAAAUGCUCGAUAAUAUCCCCGUCACGGUCACUGUAGCAUCCUCCUUGGGUGGACAGCUCAUAAAACCGAGGGAAUGUAAGCCGUUGAAGGAGGAGUCGAACAAAUCUUCUCAUAUUGUCAAGGUUGAGUGCGAUGACAAUCUCGACCGUACCUUCGAAACGUCUCGAAGGAUCUCAGGUAGCGUAGCACUCAAGCGUGAGUCGAACGAGCAGCAGAGCCCACGUCGCAAGAAGCAGAAGAUAAUACUGAACGACUCUGAUAUCCCGAGUCAUUGAAAGUAUGUCCAUGUCAGCGCUGAACAGCCUAGUAGUCGACUCUGUCGAGCCUGGAGUCAGCCCGCCCGUUUGUGUGAGGCUUGCCAGUGAGCUAACUCUGGACGCCUAUUAUUUUUCGUACUUUGUACCUGUUCAUGAACACCUUGGACAUAUCAACUUUGCUCUAUGUGUACGUGUGUCGUCUUGCGUACUAGGCCGUCAUCAACCUACGCGUUCCGCUAGCACUCUGUCCUAACUUAACUUACACUCAGUUGGUCUACAUAAGGAUGAUUACGUCAGA